CCACACAGGCUGCCAGGAAAUUUUCUUCUGUGCAAGUUGAGGCUGGCGGCAACACGCCAGCACGCGCGCCCACGUGAGGCCCUUGACCAACACUCCUUCCAGACCACAGCAGAUCAACAAAACGUCUUGUCCACGAGGCGUUCCGAGACCUGCCCGUUGGUGGCAGGGGUUCACGCAGGACAGCGUUGAAAAACAGCCUGGGACAUACAUACUCAUACGUACAUACAUAUACAGUCGGCUGAAACGGCCGAAACGACGGACAUCGAUAAACGGUGUCUGGGGCUGGCUGAGAAAGCAAGGGAUAGAUAGGAUUUACGUGCGGUGCGUCGGCGCAACCGGGCAGGCGACAUGCUGUCCGAGGAGUUCGUCUCGGCCAUCUGCGGCCCCCCUCUGACCAGCAACACCAGCAUCGCCAAGGACGUCGGCGUCUACGUCCACACCCUCAGCCCGGCCUACUCGGUCAAGGGCACCUUCAAGAAGAACUCGGCCCCGCCCAACUGCCUGGCCGUCAACGAGAGUCACGUGUUCGCCGCCCAGGACGGCAAGGCCGCCCUGCACGUCUACUCGCGCCCGAGGGGCAACCAGGAGGCCUACGUACCCUUCCCCGAGAAGAUCCGCUGCGUGGCCCUGGCCGGUGAUGUCUUGGUCCUGGGCACCACGGAGGGGCGGAUCAUGUUAUGGGAGUACUGCACGGGCAGGCUAGUCUCCACGCCCCCCUGCCACGUGCAGGCCGUGACCUGCCUGGCCACGACCGCGCACCACGUGCUGAGCGGCUCCGACGACUCCAACGUGCACGUGUGGUCGCUCGCCUCGCUCCUGGCCCUGGACCCGGCGUCGGAGCACGAGCCCGAGCGCACCCUGUCCAACCACCGUGCGGCCGUGGUGGCCCUGGCGACCGACCAGCCAGCCACGUCGUCGUCCCCGCCCACCUCGGGCGGUGCCGCCGGCGCCCUUUGCGUCUCGGCCGCGCGCGACAAGACGUGCGUCGUCUGGGACGUCGCGACCGGCCAGGCCCUGCGCACGCUCCUGCUGCCCGCGGCGCCGCUCUGCGCGGCGCUCGACCCGUGCGCGCGCGCCCUCGCCGUCGCCACCGACGACGGCUGCCUGCACCUGGUCGAGCUCCUCGGCGACCCGCCCUUGCUCGGCGCCCACGCGCCCGAGGCCGCCUCCACCGCCGUCCAGGUGCCCGCGUCCGACCCCUUCGGCCUGGCCCCGCUCGACGCCUACGGGCCCGCCGCCUGCCUGGCCGUCAGCCACGACGGCACCGUGCUGCUGUCGGGCCACGCAAAGGGCAAGGUCCUGCAGUGGAGCCUCGCGACGGCGGCCGAGGGUGGUAGCGGCCCGCCGCCCGUGGAGCUGGCGGACCUGAACGCCGCCGUCAGCAAUGUCGCCUUUGUGCCGCCGCUGCCGCGCACCAGGUCGACGGUUGCCCCGGCCGUCGUGAAGCCCGCCGCCGCCAACGCCGCCGCCGCCGCGGGGUACAGCUUCACGGCGCAGCUGGAGGGCGACCUGGGCGGCGGCGGCGGCGGCGACCGCCAGGCCAGCAGGUUCGAUAGGCUGCUCGCCACGCCGGGGUUCGGACAGGAAGCGCUCGAGCAGGCCGUGCUCGCGCUCGAGCAGCAGCAGCAGCAGCAGUCCACGAGCGGUGGCGGUGGCGGUGGGGGGCCGAGCGAGAACGAGGUGAAUCUGCAGCUCCAGAACGAGGAGCUGCUGCAGAUCAUCAACGAGCAGCGUGCGCUCUACAAGCAGGUGCUGCAGAAGCAGGCUGCCUCGGAGUCAUAACAUUGCUUCCCGUCCGUCUUUGUUGCUUGUUGAUUUCGAUAGUCGAGUCCAUAGACGAAUAUACCCUACCAGGUCUCGCGGCAG